AUCACACCCGUUCGAGCUCCAGAGCCAUCACCGCACGGAACGUUCGUUUAUUUUACUAUUUAUAAUUCCACGUCUCAAAUCACUUCACUCAGCGAUCAUUAUGGUUUUCAGGCUCGCAGUGUUCACGUCCGUCCUGGCAGCCAUGGCCCACGGUUCUCCCGUGUACACGCCCUACGAGGUGGCCCCGUACUCGCCCGCCCUGUACGCGCCGGUGCCGUAUUACUCGGCGGCGGCCAAGUCGUACGACGCGGACUACGACCCGAACCCGUCGUACUCGUACGCGUACGACGUGCACGAUCAGUUGACGGGCGACUCGAAGAGCCAGCACGAGAGCAGGCAGGGCGACGUGGUGCACGGGUCGUACAGCCUGGUGGACCCGGACGGCACCAGGCGGACGGUCGACUACACGGCCGACCCGCACAACGGUUUCAACGCGGUCGUCACCAAGGAACCGCUGGUCAAGGGUUACGCGGCGGCCGCGCCCGCCCACGCCGCAUAUCCGGUCAAGACGUACGCGCCCGCCGUCUACCCGGCGGCCGCGGUAAGUGCGUACGCGCCGAUAUAUCCGGCCGUCAAGGCGUACGCGCCGUCGCCGUACCACGCCGCGUAUCCGGCCUACCACUGAGAGACGGCGUACGCACGCGACCUACCUAACCCAACCAUCGCACCCGCACCGACCCGCUGGACCGAGACGUUUAAAACACUGCACCGUAUUUCAUUCCGAUAGGGUUACACUGCACACGCCGCCGUAUAUGGUAAACCGUAAUAUUAUUAUGUGUGUUAUCAUAAUCGCGCGCGGCGUGCCGCCGAACGAGAAAAACUUGAACGGAAACGAUUGGUUUUUUAUUUUUUUUUUUUGUUUUCGUCACAUUUAUGACAACUAUAUAAUACGUACGUUUUAUUAGGUCUUAAACUUAAUUUUUUAAUCCCAUAUCAUGUUCACAACGCAGUACCUACCUAUAUCUCCUGUCUAUACUCAGUUUCUCUUGUUGUGUUUCUAUAUAAUAAAUAUGCGUGUACAAUGUGUACAUUAAGGACGGACUUCAGUAUUUAUAGUGAAGUGCGUUACUAUUUAUAUUUUGUUAAUAUAAUAUAAUACAGUAUUUUUUAUACAAGC